GGCGCAUGAUUGGCGGCUGGGCUCGGCUCGGGGCACAGGGCGCGGGGUGGGGGAGAAGGCGGCCCGGGCCGGUUGCGCUCGGUAGGCGGCCGCGACGCUGAUGCCGGACGGGGGCUGCGCACUUAUUGUCUGAGCGCGGGGUGGCGGCGGGAGCGGCACCGGGACGGGUCGGGAAGAGGAGGGGAAGGAGGGGCUGGGUCGGCCCCGGGUGUCGGCGUGUGUGCGCGCGAGGGGGAGGUUUUAUUCUUAAUCUAUUUUCCGGGCCUUUGUGGCUGCGUGAGGGGAGGGCCCGGUGCUGAGGAGGAGGAGAGGAGGGGAGCAGCGCUACGGCGGAGGUAGCGGCGGCUGUUGUUGCCGCCGUGAGGUAAAGGGACCGGCAGUCCCUUUAAACUAGCGAGAGCCGCAGGCCCGGCCGGGCCCGCCCGCUGCCUCCCGGCCUCGAGUUUGAGCGCGGGCGGCGGAAGGGCGCUUUUGUGCGGGCGGCGCGGCCCCUCGGUUGCCCUUCCUCCCGCGGCUCUGCGCCGCCGGGCGCUUUCCUUCCCCUGGGAGCCCACCCCGGCGGACUAUUUUCCCUCUCGUCAGCCGCCUCGCCGGCAUGAACUAGGAGCCGGGCCGAAGGGGGUGUGGAGCUGCCGGGGUGUCGGUGCGGGGGGGGUGUGAGAGAGGGCCCGCGCCGUGCCUGAGGGGCCGGGGCGAAGCGCGAAGGGCGGCCGCGGGUUGCCGCGCUGCGCGGUGCUGCGAGGCUCGGUGCCGGCCCUCUUCGGUUGCCUCCUUGCGCCCUCGCUUCGGCUGAGGAGAAACGGGUAGAAAAUGGCAACGUCUGGAGGAGGCGGCGGUGGCGGCGGCAGCGGGGGACUGACUUGGGUGACAUUAUUUGAUAAUCAGAUCAAUGCUUCAAAAAAGGAAGACUCAGAAAACAUUAAUAAAAAUGAUUCUUCAAAGAAAAUGUCUGUUGAGAGAGUUUAUCAGAAAAAGACUCAGCUUGAGCACAUCCUCCUCCGUCCAGACACCUACAUUGGGUCAGUUGAACCAUUAACUCAGUUAAUGUGGGUUUAUGAUGAAGAUGUAGGAAUGAAUUGCAGAGAAGUUACCUUUGUUCCAGGCUUGUACAAGAUCUUUGAUGAAAUCCUUGUAAAUGCUGCAGACAAUAAGCAGAGGGACAAGAAUAUGACUUGUAUUAAAAUAUCCAUUGAUCCGGAAUCAAACAUUAUCAGCAUAUGGAAUAAUGGAAAGGGCAUACCAGUUGUGGAACACAAAGUAGAAAAAGUAUAUGUACCUGCUUUAAUCUUUGGGCAGCUGCUAACAUCCAGCAACUACGAUGAUGAUGAGAAAAAAGUUACAGGUGGGCGCAAUGGCUAUGGUGCAAAACUUUGUAAUAUAUUUAGUACAAAGUUUACAGUUGAAACUGCUUGCAAGGAAUACAAACACAGCUUUAAGCAGACUUGGAUGAACAAUAUGAUGAAGACUUCUGAACCCAAGAUUAAGCAUUUUGAUGGCGAUGACUACACAUGCAUUACAUUCCAGCCAGAUUUAUCCAAAUUUAAAAUGGAAAAACUUGAUAAAGAUAUCGUGGCCCUCAUGACACGAAGAGCAUAUGAUUUGGCUGGGUCAUGCAAAGGAGUCAAGGUCAUGUUGAACGGGAAGAAAUUACCUGUAAAUGGGUUUCGCAGUUACGUAGAUCUUUACGUAAAAGACAAGCUUGAUGAAACUGGAGUUGCGCUCAAAGUUAUUCAUGAAGUUGUGAAUGAACGAUGGGAUGUGUGCCUCACUCUAAGUGAAAAAGGCUUUCAGCAAAUCAGCUUUGUAAAUAGCAUAGCUACCACAAAGGGUGGUAGGCAUGUUGAUUACGUGGUGGAUCAGGUUGUGGGCAAGCUGAUAGAAGUGGUGAAAAAGAAGAAUAAAGCUGGAGUUUCAGUGAAACCAUUUCAGGUGAAGAAUCAUAUAUGGGUUUUUGUCAAUUGCUUGAUUGAAAACCCAUCCUUUGAUUCCCAGACAAAGGAAAACAUGACUUUGCAGCCUAAAAGUUUUGGGUCCAAGUGCCAGCUAUCUGAGAAAUUUUUUAAAGCAGCCUCUAACUGUGGUAUCAUAGAGAGUAUUUUGAAUUGGGUCAAAUUUAAGGCACAAACUCAGCUGAACAAGAAAUGUUCAUCGGUGAAACACAGUAAAAUCAAGGGCAUUCCGAAACUGGAUGAUGCUAAUGAUGCUGGUGGCAAACAUUCCUUGGACUGCACGUUAAUAUUAACAGAAGGAGACUCUGCCAAAUCUUUAGCUGUCUCUGGCUUAGGUGUUAUUGGCAGAGACAGAUACGGAGUAUUCCCACUCAGGGGUAAAAUUCUCAACGUUCGAGAAGCUUCUCACAAGCAGAUCAUGGAAAAUGCAGAAAUCAACAACAUAAUCAAAAUAGUUGGACUACAAUACAAGAAAAGCUAUGAAGAUCCAGAAUCUCUGAAAAGUUUGAGAUAUGGAAAAAUUAUGAUCAUGACAGAUCAGGAUCAGGAUGGAUCUCACAUAAAAGGCUUGUUGAUCAAUUUUAUUCAUCACAAUUGGCCAUCACUGUUGAAACAUGGUUUUCUUGAGGAAUUCAUCACUCCUAUUGUAAAGGCAAGCAAAAAUAAGCAGGAACUUUCAUUCUAUAGUAUUCCUGAAUUUGAUGAGUGGAAAAAGCAUAUGGAGAAUCAUAAAGCAUGGAAGAUAAAAUACUACAAAGGUUUGGGUACCAGCACAGCUAAAGAAGCAAAAGAAUAUUUUGCUGACAUGGAAAGACAUCGGAUCUUAUUUCGAUAUGCUGGUCCUGAAGAUGAUGCUGCCAUUACACUGGCCUUCAGUAAGAAGAAGAUUGAUGACCGAAAAGAAUGGUUAACAAACUUCAUGGAGGACAGGCGGCAGCGUCGGCUACAUGGCCUUCCCGAGCAAUUUUUAUAUGGUACAGCAACAAAACAUUUGACUUACAAUGAUUUUAUCAACAAGGAGUUGAUCCUUUUCUCAAAUUCUGACAAUGAGAGAUCUAUCCCUUCCCUUGUUGAUGGUUUAAAACCAGGGCAACGCAAAGUUUUGUUCACUUGCUUUAAGAGAAAUGAUAAACGUGAAGUGAAGGUUGCUCAGCUGGCUGGUUCUGUUGCUGAAAUGUCAGCUUACCACCAUGGGGAGCAAGCGUUAAUGAUGACGAUUGUCAACUUGGCUCAGAACUUUGUUGGAAGUAACAAUGUUAAUCUGCUACAACCUAUUGGUCAGUUUGGUACCAGGCUUCAUGGUGGAAAGGAUGCUGCCAGCCCUCGCUAUAUUUUCACCAUGUUAAGCCCUUUAGCAAGGCUGCUUUUCCCACCAGUGGAUGACAACUUGCUUAAAUUCCUUUAUGAUGACAACCAACGUGUAGAGCCUGAGUGGUAUAUUCCCAUCAUUCCUAUGGUUUUAGUAAAUGGAGCUGAAGGAAUUGGUACCGGAUGGGCAUGCAAACUUCCAAACUACGAUACCAGAGAGAUUGUAAACAAUGUCAGACGAAUGCUGGAUGGCUUAGAUCCCCACCCAAUGCUUCCAAACUACAAAAACUUCAAAGGAACUAUUCAGGAACUUGGUCAAAACCAGUAUGUAGUCAGUGGUGAAAUAUUUGUGGUGGACAGGAACACAGUAGAAAUUACAGAGCUUCCUGUAAGGACAUGGACCCAGGUGUACAAAGAACAGGUUCUAGAACCAAUGUUGAAUGGGACUGAAAAAACUCCAGCAUUAAUUUCUGACUAUAAGGAAUACCACACUGAUACAACUGUGAAAUUUGUUGUGAAGAUGACAGAAGAAAAACUUGCACAGGCAGAAGCUGCUGGAUUGCACAAAGUCUUUAAGCUUCAAACAAGUCUUACUUGUAAUUCUAUGGUGCUAUUUGAUCAUAUGGGAUGCUUAAAGAAGUAUGAAACUGUGCAAGACAUCUUGAAGGAAUUCUUUGAUUUGCGAUUACAUUAUUAUAGUUUACGCAAGGAAUGGCUUGUGGGAAUGUUGGGUGCAGAAUCCACCAAGCUUAACAAUCAAGCUCGUUUCGUUCUAGAGAAGAUACAAGGAAAAAUUACAAUAGAGAACAGAUCAAAAAGAGAUUUGAUUCAGAUGUUGGUCCAGAGAGGUUAUGAAUCUGAUCCAGUAAAAGCCUGGAAAGAAGCACAGGAAAAGGCAGCAGAAGAGGAGGACCCACAGAACCCAAAUGAUGAUGCUUCUUCUGCUUCUGGCUCAACUUCUGGCCCGGAUUUCAACUAUAUCUUAAACAUGUCCUUGUGGUCACUCACGAAAGAGAAAGUAGAAGAGUUAAUUAAGCAGAGAGAUUCAAAGGAGAGAGACCUGAAUGACCUUAAAAGGAAAUCUUCUUCAGAUCUGUGGAAAGAAGAUUUAGCAGCCUUUGUUGAAGAGCUUGAAAAAGUAGAAGCGCAGGAAAGAGAGGAUGUUUUGGCUGGCAUGGUUGGCAAACCAAUAAAAGGCAAAGUUGGUAAACCCAAAAUGAAGAAACUUCAGUUGGAAGAGACUAUGCCGUCACCAUUUGGCAGAAGAAUAGUUCCACAGAUUACAUCUGCCAUGAAAGCUGAUGCCAGUAGGAAACUGCUGAAAAAGAAAAAGGGUGAAACUGAUUCUUUGGCAAUAAAAAUGGAAUUUGAUGAAGAAUUUGGUGGUGUGCCAGCUGAGGGUGGUGGGGAUGACUCACUGAAUACAUCAGCCACAGCAACUAAAACCCCUAAACCUAAGAGAGAGAAGAAGGAGCCUGGUACUAGGGUAAGAAGAACACCAUCAUCUACAAAGUCCAGUGCAAAAAAAGUGAAGAAACGAAACCCAUGGUCAGAUGAUGAAUCCAAAUCUGAAAGCGAUUUAGAAGAGAAUGAGCCUGUGAUUAUUCCAAGAGACUCUCUGCUUAGGAGAGCUGCAGCUGAGAGGCCCAAGUACACUUUUGACUUCUCAGAAGAAGAAGAUGAUGCCGAUGAUGAUGAUGAUGCCAACAAUAAUAAUGAUUUGGAUGAGCUUAAAGUAAAAGCCUCUCCAGUUACAAACGACAGAGAGGAUGAGUUUGUUCCCUCAGACAGUUUAGAAAAAGAUGAAUAUGACUUCUCCCCAGCCAAAUCAAAGCCAUCUCCAGAAAGUAGGAAAAUGUCUCAAGAUAAGAAAAACCAAGAUUUUGGGAACAUCUUCUCUUUUCCAUCUUACUCUCAGAAACGAGAUGAUGAUACAACAAAAUUGGACAGCGAUGAAGAGGAUUCUGCUCCUGUUUUCUCAUCAUCUUUUGCCCCAAAACAAACAGAGAAAAUUACAAGUAAAACAGUAGCUGCUAAAAAGGCAAAACCAGAUGCGCCUCCUAAACCUAAAAGAGCUCCCAAGGCCAAGAAGGUGGAAACUGUGAACUCCGACUCAGAUUCAGAAUUCGGCAUUCCAAAGAAGACUGCAGCACCCAAAGGUAAAGGUAGAGGGGCAAAGAAAAGGAAAGCAUCUAGUUCAGAAAAUGAAGGUGACUACAACCCUGGGAAGAAAACACCUAAAUCAACACCAAGCAAGAAAUCCAAGAAGGCCGCUUUUGACCAGGAUUCCGAUGUGGAAAUCUUUCAAUCAGGCUUUGCCUCUGAAACUGCCCCAAAGCCACGGACAGGCCGGGCUAGAAAAGAAGUUAAAUAUUUUGCAGAGUCUGAUGAAGAUGAUGAUUUUGAUAUGUUUAAUUAAGUGCCCAAAGAGCACACAAAUGUUUUCCAACAACUAUCUUGUGUUGUCCUUUUGUCCCUUCUGUCGCAAACUUUUGUACAUUUGACUUAUUUUAUGUGAUAAUGUAAUUGAUGGUUUUUAUUAUUGUGUGUAGGCAUUUUAACAUUUUGUUCUUACACCUACAGUUUUAUGCUCUUUUUUACUCAUUGAAAUGUCAUGUAUUUGUCUGUCUGACUGGCUUGUAGAGAUGUUCUAGACAGCUGUGCUAAAGCACAUUUUAAUUGUCAUGGUUGCAACCAGCAAACCUGCUUUUUGAAAUGAAGUUUAAACAUUAAAAAAUGGAAAACUACUGUGUCUGUGUCUGUGUGUAACAUUGGGACCAGAGGCACUACUCCACGACUGGGUUUUUUUAAAAUAAAUAUAUUUUAUUCUUUGCCAGGAGACUCCAUGGAAAAAGGUAAACAGUAUAUGAACAUAGAAAGCAUUGUUAAACAAUCUCAAUGUACAAACAGAGCCAGUGAAAGUACAUCACAGACUUGCUAGAAUAUAUAUAUAUAAAAAAAAAAAUCCACUAGUGCUUUAAAUGAAACCUAAGAAACUGACACUUUAAAUCUGUUAACCAUUCUACCACAGUUUUCACUCUGCUUCAUGGUGAUUUAACAAGGCCAAGGCGGCAGAUUCUCUCCUUAUGUUCCUAGAAGUAAGUCCUAGCUGUACUUCCCUAGCACACGGAAGGCUGGAUAACCCAGCAAAUUCCUGCAGUCAGAUCUUACAGAGAUACCCUAGACUCACCGAUUCAGAAGCUGUAAAUGAGGCUGCUGGUUAUCCUCCCAUGAAGCUUCCCUAAUGGCUUGUGGACAGGUAAACAAAACCAUGGUAACACUGAAAAGUGUUUCUGCCUUGGAGGCUAUCAUUACUGUCGAAUUGUAGUAGUUAAUGGUGUUGCUAGGUCACCAGCCAGGUAGGAAACCACUUCCUGAAAUUUUAAAGUGACAUUAACAGUGGAACAAAUGACAUCUGAAUAACUGAUCUGGCAGUUAAUGCUGCUACUGCUGUCUUUUCUGCUAGUGCAGUGACUUCUUGUAUACUUUUUACAAGGAAGGAGAUGCAAACUGAGGGCAUCAAAGACAAGUUUUCAUAUUAAACUAAAGCAGACGGUCCUUUAAACUUCCUUUCCUGGAUGAGUACAGUAGUCCAUUUCAUAUGGUUGGUGUCUUGAUUGUUUUAGGUAUGAGAGACAAAGGGAAAGCACCAAACAUCCAGUAUGGAAAGUACAGCCAUACAAUUUGUAUGUACAAAGUCAUCAGAAAUGCAACCAGAAUUUAACGUUUGAGAUCUGUCUUGUCACCAUGCAGUCUUGAACGUUCAGAGGAGAAAACAGAAGCUUGCUUAACUCUUUUUUUUUUUGCAUGAAAUGGCUGAUUUAGAGUUUCAAAAGUUUGCAUUUUUUCUAGUUUUAAGAGUUUAAACAGCAAGGAGUAUAUAUCGAUACAUAUGAAAAUUUCUUGGUCCUUGUUGAGUUUUCAUCUAUAUAUAUACAUAUAUAGAUAUAUAUAAAGUCCAGAAACUUAAGCAGCAGUAAAAAUGUUUUUCUUGCUUUUCAUCCCUGUACAUAAGGUAUUAGGAAUGUUUGAAGUAGCUGGAAAAUGUCUUAUUCCACCAUAGGGGAUUGACUGACACUGCUGUUAUCCACUGAACUAGGCGAGAUACUAGGACUGUGUUCUGCAGUAUUUCCAUUUGAGGUUGGUGUCAGUGGUUCGUGUCCUUCAGAGUUCUCCAACAUUUCCUGAAUAAGAGGUGGCAUGGAUCCAGGAAUUUCCAUUUUCAAUGUAAUGACACGUUCUGCACCUUUAAAGAGAAAACAAAAAGUCCUUCCCAUUAUAGUGUGAUUCCUAUGACUUCCUUUUGGUUAGCAACAUCAGUAGUAAUUUGAGGAUAUGUUAUUUGGAUGGAUCUGGUGUCUCCUAUAUUUCUUGCAUACAAAAUUAUGUCAGUGAACUAAAAAUAAAAAGGAGUUAGAUGAGUACUUAACAAAUUAAUUUAAAAUUAUGACAUAGCAACUGAUUGAUAUUCCAAUACAGGUAAAUUGGAUGAACUGAUGCUUUUCAUAGAAGGAACCAAAAUGGCAUUAAAUUGUACUGAAAAAUUAAAUUAAACUGUGAUUAUGUAGAUGUCUUUUUAUAAAUUGGAACAUACUUCAUGGGUUUUAAUCUGCGCUGGAUCUAGAAAGACUAAAUGACAAAAAUUCCAUUGUCUGAUUUGUGUUAAAUAGGUGAGGCGAAUCCUGCAAGAGAACUGCAGUGAUGUAAAUCAGAACAUUUCUUUCCCAUUUAGAAAACUGAAGUAAGAUUCAGAACUUACUAAACCGCUGUUUUAUAGAAGAACAAAUUCAGACAAAAGGAUACUGGGCUUGCGGAGCUGCUUUCUGUAGCUUUCAGGCAUCUUCUCUUGUGCUAAUUAAGCACACAAGUGCACACAAAUGCUGAUCCUGUUUAUGUCUGACUUACUUAACUGAAAUUUUGGCCUUGUCAAGUCUAACAACAGCUAUUUUUAGACAGAGAUGGCUUUGCGGGCUAAUGGGGGUAGGAAUAAACAAAACUACUACAUCAAUCCUGACUGCAGACUGUGAGCCAACAACUAAUGCCAGGUAAG